UCUAUCAUUUCCGGACACUGAUCUUAAUUUAGACACCUGAAAGUUUCAAACAGAAAAGAAGCGAAAAGUUUAUCUUUUGUUUAAUGUUACAAAGAACAAUAUUAUUAUGUUUGGCAGACAAGGAAGACACCUAUAGGCCUAAAUCAUAAAACCAGACGAUAUAGCUUUUUGUAAUUAUAGGUUUUGUUUAAAAGAAAACUGAGAAAGACAACAAGCCUGGAGAACAAUACAAGUGGGAUGUACAGAAAAAAGCAGAAGAAAACUUGAUUGUUUAGGUUGUUUUAUGUAAGCAGGUAUGACAUAAGAACAGUGAAGAAAGGGAAAACAAAGGCUAUACCAUGGGUGAUAGAGCUUUAAUAGUGAAUGCGCCCCCUCAUCAUUCACCUGUGAACACUAUGAACUUUGGAAGUACGAGUUGGUCACCUGGCAAUACCAUGAGUGCUAGUUAUGGUUCUGUGAGCCGAUCUCCUGGUAACACCAUGAGUUCUAGUGCUAAUUUUAAGUCCAUGAACAUGCAGGGAGAAAAUGGAAGCUUUAGUGCAAUGGAACAGCAAAUGUACCAAGCCGAGUCCAAGUCGGAGUUCUCCACCAUGUCAACAUCAGGAGGUGGAACAACAUACCAUACUCAAAGCCUCAACAGGUUUCCUCAAAAUGCUACAGCAGAGAUUAGGCAACUGGAUGCCAAUCAAAAUCAUGUACCCAAAAUGAGUUCCAUGGAUACCCAAAGAAGUUCCAUGGAUACCCAAUCGUUGAGAAGAAUAAAAUCUGAGUCUACAAUGGUUAAUGAAACAGUAAAUGAUACAAGUAUGGAGGACAGCGGAGGAAGAACAACAGUCCACAUUACUGGACCACCUCAGUCUAUGAUUGUGUCAGAAUGUGCUGUGGCGGAAAUGAAAGGUAGAGGAGGAACACAGAGUAUGACCUCAGAAGUAACGAGAAGAGGUACUGAACAGAUUACAACAACAUCUGAACAGAAAACAACGUUGUCAGAAGGUGGAAAGUGUACAUGUUGUCCCUAUGGCUACCACAUUGACCUUGGUUUUGUGCAAUAUUGUGAAAAUAUGUCUGAUGGAGCUUAUUUAAAAAAAUUGAAAAGAAUCCAGCGAGAAAAAAGAAAAUUACGCAAAUCCAUGGAAGUUUUUCUACAUCAGCAAGAAGAGGCAAAAACAACUCAGGAAUAUUAUACUCAGCCUGAAACUGUUAGUGUACAGGCUACUGCUUUCUUAAAAGAUGUUGAGCGACAGAAUAAUGUUACAAACAAAGUUUUAGAUGAAAUAGAUUCUUCUGUUGACCAUACCUUACAUUCAAUAGACUCUAUGAUGUAUACAGCAAAAAGUUCACGAAUGUUUUCAGAGAGUGAUGAAACAUCAGCAUCCUCAAGUCCUGGAACAACAGUAAAAUUUAACACAUUCCCGUUGAAACGAGGGAGAGACAUUCAGGAAGAUAUUGCAAUAUAUAACAAUAGUUUUGAAAAGAGUGGUAGAACGGAUUCUCAAAGUUCGUUAUCAUCUAUUUCUACUGUAGCUAGCGAACGUUCUUCUCCCUAUACACCAUACAACUACACUACAACAUCACAUAGUGUCACCAGUGAAACUAUCUCGAAAAUUACCCAUAUUACAUCUGAUCAGCUGGCAGCUACCAUGGCAACACAUUUACCUACAGAAGAUGGUGCUGCAUCUCCUCAGUCAUCUACUACAACCAUAAACAAAAAUUCCCUCACUGCCAUCCGUGAAGCAAUGGCCGUAAGUUUGCAACGGUUGAAAGAAUUAGAGGAGCAAGUUAAAGCAUUACCUGUGUUACAAGUGAGAAUCUCAGUGCUUAAAGAAGAGAAACGUCUUUUGGCGCUUCAACAAAAAGCAAAGGAGGUUAAAAAUACAAGAACAGUUGGUGUAGGUGAUUAUAAUGUAAAUGAGGUGCCAUCUCCUGCUACUCCAUCUAGGUUUGACUUCAGAGUCAAAUCUCCACCAGUGGCUCCUAAACCUAAAGUAAGAUUGGUUGGUGUUGGUGAUCAUAGUGUCAUAGAACCAUAUCUACUUCAACCAGACUUGCCUACAGGAUAUACAAUUAGAGACAAUGAGACAUCAACAGACAGUCAGUUUUACCAACGUGAUACAUAUGUUAUUGAGAGAGAUAGAACACAGUCAGCGCUUUACUCACCAUUCAACAAAACACCAAAACCACAAACAAGAACCAUAGGAAUUGGUGAAGGUAAUGUCUUUGAUGAUGCUAGUAUGAGAAUACAUGAAAAGGAAUUAAGAACAGUUAUUAUUGGGCAGAAUCAAGGUGUUGGUAAGAGAAAUGUUGGUGUUGACUGUAGAGUUGCCACCAGAGAUGUUGGUAUGAUGUACUCUGCUGAUGACGAAAAACCAUCAACAAGAACUGUGGGUGUAAAUGUUGAUACCGGUGCUUUUAUGAGUUCAUUAAACUUCAAAGCUGAGGAAAUGAGAUCUGCCCUGAAAGAAGUGUUGUCAAAAAGUGUUAGGAGCAUAGGAACAUCAUGUGAAAUGACUGUUGAGAAACGAAGUACUGGCGUACAAUAUUCAAGUUCAUUUACACGAUCUAUUGGUGUGGGAGAGGACGACAUUGACAUUAUUAUUAAAAAACCAGUACACAUGAAAUCAAUAGGAAUUGAUGUGUGUCCACUUUCAAUUAAUAAAUCUGUAAAUACAGAUUAUGGCUGGAAACUUGACCAAAGCACUAACACCAUGCAAUUGUUCAUGGAGAAUAAGUCAUGUUCAACGGAGCGUGCUCGUCAGGGAACUGUUAGCACUAUGACUGAGGAUAGUCGAAUGGUUUCUGAUAAAACUCAAACUGAUCUAAAAGUGUUCCAAGCUCUUGAAGUGGUUAAAAACCAGGGUACCAAUCCACGUAAACAACAUCAGAAAAAUACUGGAAUGAAUACUGAAGUUAAAGAAUUAGUAGAUGAAGAUUUUGGUUUACGUGUGACAUACAAAUAUAGAGGAUUAAAUGCUUUCGAUGCGACCACAAACACUGAUGCUGCUCGAAAACAUGAUAUGUCUGUCAACACUGAGAGGAAAAAGCUUAGAGAUGUAGCUGUUAGUGAAGAUACUGUUGAUUCUUUUGUCUGUAACUUUGAAGAGGAAGUACAAGAAAGAAUGGAAGAAGAAACCGUAGAAGAGGUAAUCUAUCGAGAGCAGGAUGAAAUUAUUGAAAAAGAAUGGACGGAGAAAACAAGAAAGAGAACUGUUGAAGAGGUUGAGGGACCAAUUGAAGAGAGUGAGGUAAAAACUAUUAUGGUCAGAGAAGUUCCAACUGCAACACAAGUUGUCAGACAAAUUGUUGCUCCUACUGGUAAAGUUAUUAUCAGUAGUCCUGGCAAGAAAACUGGUGCUGAUGAUAUGGUAGAGAAAAAAAUUACAAGUAAAGGAGGUUCUUAUACAUUACAAACAAUAACAAGAAAAUCAGUCAGUGAUGAUGAGGAUGAGGAAAAUGCUGGUCAAACAACUACUACUAUUUCUACUACUGGUAGUGGCUUAAGGUCAGGUGGUGAUAGUUCUGGAGGCCUAGAGGUCACUACAUCCUCUCUUACUAAGCAGAAGCUUGUUGACGAUACUGAAUUUCAUAGUAAUGUCAAGAGUACACAAGAACGAGCCUUAAGAUUAAAAGCUAAAAUGGAUAAAUUACAUGGUGAUACUGACACAACAACAUCAAAAACAACAAUUCAUAGUUCAAGUGGGGGAUACCUUGAUUAUCUGGAUAAUAAAAAAAAAUCUGGUGAUAGAUUUGGCUCUGGUGAAUAUUUAGUUAAUACAUCAAGUAGAACUCAUGGAUUGGGAUCUGAUGAGAAUUUAAAUGAUUCUGGAUCAUCUUUUACAUCAUCUACUACAUCAUACCGAACAGAUGGUGGAGGAUCCGGGACAUCUGAUGGAGGAUAUAAAAUUAUUACUGCAUCCUCCAGUAAAACAGCUAGCAGUGGGUCAGAUGGUCAUUCUGGAGGUGGAAGUAAAAUAAUUUCUUCAAGCUCUUCAAGAAGUAGUGGGUCAGAUGGGCAGUCCGGAGGUGGAUCUAUUAUGAUUUCAUCAAGCUCUUCAAGAGGUAGUGGGUCAGAUGGUCAAUUGGGAAGUGGAUACAAAACAAUUUCUUCGAGCUCUUCAAGAAGUAGUGGGUCAGAUGGACAGUCUGAAGGUGGAUACAAAACGAUUUCAUCCAGCUCUUCUAGAAGUAGUGGGUCAGAUGGCCAGUCCGGUGGCGGAUCUAUAAUGAUUUCAUCAAGCUCUUCACGAAGUAGUGGUUCAGAUAGCCAAUCAGGAGGAGGAUACAAGAUGGUUUCAUCUAACUCCUCUGGUGGUAGUGGAAUUUCAGGAUCAAAUGAUAAGUCUGGUGGUGGAUACAAGAUAAUGAAAUCAUCAUCUAGCUCUUCUCGUGGAAGUGGGUUGUCAGGGUCAGAUGAACAUUUAGGUACUUCACUGUCAUCAUCCCAGACCAGUGAAUCAUCAUCCGAUCAAGGAUUAGGAACAUCAUCUAGUUCUGAUGAAGUGACCACCAUUACUCAGAUUUAUACUCUAGAGGAUUAUUAUGGCGGAGGAAAAAGUUACUAUGAGAAAUAUGUCAAAUCUAAGGAUGGAGGUGUCAAGGCUAUAGAAAGGAGGCCUACUGGAGAGGAUUCUGAUGCCAUUGAUUCUGGCUCUCUUAAAUCUUGUAUUAAAACUACGAAAUCUGAGAAAAAAGCAAAGAAAGGAAUAAGAUUUGCUGAAAAUGUUGUUGGAGGGUACACAUCUAGUAGUACAGAUUCUGACGAUGAUGAUGGAUCAGACAGUGGCUCUGCCAGCUAUGAUGAGGGGUCGUAUGAUGGCAGAGAGGGCAGUAUAGUAUACCAAUGUAAAGAUGAUGAAGCUAUUGCUAAAGGAAGACCUGGAGCCCAGAUGUUUGACCAGAAUAUCCGGGAAACUUUCGAGCUAAGUAGAGGGAUGAGAAAUUCAUGUGAAACUUUAUCCAAGUAUUUGGAAGACUCCACAGAGGUUCAGACUAAAGAACUAAAUGCUAGUUUAGAGAUUAUUAAAGAGGAAUGGUUUAAGAUUUCCAGUGGUAAACUAUCAGAGCCUUACCAAGUGGAAGAUUUUAUGUCCAGUUUUAAUGAAAUUUCUAGACGUCUGCUGGAGUAUAUUGUUAAUAUCCAAGAUUCUAAUGGAAAUACUGCUCUUCACUAUGCAGUAUCACAUUGUAAUUUCGAGGUGGUCAGUCUCCUCCUCGACACUGGUAUUGUAGAUCUAAACAAACAGAACAAAGCAGGAUAUACUUCUACAAUGUUAGCUACUCUAGCCUACACACAGACAGACAGACAGAGGGAAGUUGUUAAAAGACUGUUUUCUAUGACUGAUACUAAUGCUAAAGCAUCCAAGGAUGGUCAAACUGCCCUGAUGUUAGCGGUCAGUCAAGGUCGUACAGAGAUGGUUAAUAUGCUGAUAGAUAGUGGUGCUGAUAUAAAUGUACAAGAUGAUGAAGGAUCUACAGCCCUCAUGUGUGCAUGUGAACACGGCCAUACUGAUAUUGUUAAAAUUCUCCUAGCUCAUCCUGACUGUGAUUCAACCCUUUCAGACAAUGAUGGAUGUACAGCCUUGUCUAUAGCCAUGGAGGCUGGCCAUAAAGAUAUAGGAGUUAUAUUAUAUGCUCAUGUUAAUUUUAAAAGUCAGUCCUCUCCUGCAAUAGUUAAAAAACGGAGAACUUCUGGAAAUACUUCACCUUUACCAAGUCCAACAAUAAGAUAGCAUGUUUUAUAAUAAUGUCCAGAUAAAGCAGACUGUGGUGAUAUUCUGACCCCAAGAUGGUACUUAAGCAGAGCUUGCCAGAUGAGUUGUCCAGUAUUGAUGCAUUUGUAACCAGUCGAGCAUUUA